GUUGACGCUCAAGAAAUCUUAAACGAAAGAAUUCAACAACAUCAUAAUCAAGACACAGCCUUCAUCAUGUCGACUUCCAAAAAGCGCCAAGCAGAGGACACUUCCGCUCAGCCAAAGCCAAAGAAAAGUAAAAAGAGAAAGGCGAAUGCACCCGACGAUGAAUUGCUCGAUACUGAGCUUGGUCUCAACACACUCUUUACCAAGAUGGACAACCAGCUCUUGGCCGAUCAUCUGGCCCAGAAAUUGGGACGCUUCGGCACCGACUUGAGCGCUGUUGAGAUUUCUGAUAUGACUGUAUCAGCCAACGCGAUUCAAGAUACCACCUCAUGGCAAGAGUCAAGAACAUUGGAUAAGUUCCCCGACUUCCUGGAGAAGGUGUCAGAGGAUCCCGAGGGUUUGAAGAAGGCGCCCAAGAAGAAGGGCUCACCUCAUACCCUCAUUGUUGCAGGAGCGGGUUUGAGAGCUGCCGAUAUUGUCAGGUCGAUGCGCAAGUUUCAAAGCAAAGAGAACUCAGUCGCGAAAUUGUUCGCCAAGCAUAUGAAAGUCGAGGAACAAGUUAAGUUCCUCCAGAACCACAAAACCGGCAUUUGUGUCGGUACGCCUGCCCGACUUAUGGAUCUCAUCGACAACGGCGCUCUCUCCCUGGAUAAUUUGAAGCGUCUAGUCGUUGAUGCCUCGCAUAUCGACCAGAAGAAGCGAGGUGUGAUGGACAUGAAGGAUACCAUGAUGCCCUUAGCUCGUUUCUUAUCCAAGAAAGAGUUCAAGGACAGAUACGGUGAUGAGAAGAAGCCGCUGGCUUUGUUGUUCUAUUAGAUGGAUGUGAUACCCUGACACAAGAAAAGUUGAAUGCUAUGAAGCUGUUUCUGUUUUGAGACUUACCCUCGAUUGUUUAUAGAUCUUACCUGCUAGACUGCUUAUCUCCACAAUACAGAAGAUACCAUCUCA